CCCGAUGUGGUCAUCAUGAUCUUAUUUGAUGUGCAGCAAAAUUCGGUUGGACGGAUGCCUUGGCUGACAUGGAGUACUUCUUCUCAAUUCCUCGCACCAUUAGUGACGUGGAAACUGAAGGCUGGCUGCGAACUGAACGGCCAAAGGGUCCACUACCAGAACUAAGAAUGUACUGUCCUCCAGGAAGAGGGCUCUGUUCCCUUUAUGACACCGCGGGAUUUGUCGCCGGAAUUAUGCUUACUUUUCCAGUUGAUGGACUGGAAACCGCAUUGCCUCCAGAGAAGAAUCUCGUGAAAUGGUCAGCUCCGGCUGUGGAAGGCGAGCCAGCUGGAGAAUAUUGGACUGCUACGCAGUUCUUUGUAUCAGAAGAGUCUCUGAAAGCAGGGGCUGGUCCACAAGUGGAAAACGGAGCUACUCUACAAGACGGUGGUGUAUGGGUUGUGGGACAUGACGCACGUCUGAUGCGUAUACCUAGCACAGAAGCAGAGCUAAACAGCACCACUUUCAAAAAACAAAACUGUAUUCCGAAUAUGGGGACACAUUAUUAUUAUAAUAUGACGCGUGAUCUCAAAUGCGACGAUUUCUUCCCAUGGUUCGCGAUGACAACACAAGGUGACAUGGUUGGCACUGGUUUCCAGAUGGUCGGUAAAAUGACAAAGCCUAAGAAGGCUAGGAAUUGGUUUGAUGAUAUUACCAACCCUAAACAAGGCUUGUCGAUAGGAAUACCACAUGCCCCUGACUGUCUUCUCGAAAGCGUUGAGAAGUACGGAGUAAUUUCAAUACAUAUUUAUUUCGUCGAUGAACCCUGGAAGAUAAAAUGCCAGACUGGUGACUCAAUCAAGGCAGUACCAACGUUAGACCGUCUUCUACUUAACGGGUAUAAAUACGCCAACAAAAUAUCCGAUGAAGUUGUAAAAAUAUUUAGCGGUUAG